GAGGAAGUCAAGAAGAAGACCAAGAAGAAGAAGAAGAAGAAGAAGAAGAAGAAGAAGAAGAAGAAGAAGAAGAAGAAGAAGUCGGGCAGCGAAGCAGGAAACAAGCCGUCAAGGGUAUCAAGGUAUACCAUAUCACUCUAAUCAAUAUGACCCAAAAAACCUACAUCGUCGAGCACCUCGAUGACGAACUUGGCCCAUGGUCUGAGCUUGAAUAUAUCACCAUAGCCAAAGAGUCCAAUCAGGCGGGUGCGAAAUUUUGCCUGUCGUCAAUUCCUCCCACCUUGAACAUACCCGAGGUCUUGAAGGCCGUGCCGGGUUUCACAGCAGAUGGCCGCAGUGUCGAAACCUUAUAUGUCGAAAACAAGUCUCGUGUGUGCUUGCUUGAUCCAGCAGCCACUAAGGAAUUGAGUCCAGAAGAUGGCGACCUGUUUGACGUUUUCCUUUUUGGCGGAAUCUUGGGAGAUGAUCCACCAAGAGAUCGAACUUCUGAGCUGCGAAAGAAAGGCUUCGAAGGCCGUCGGCUUGGCCCCAUCCAAUUGACAACCGAUACUGCAGUUCGUUGUACAAGAAUGGUUACUCAAGAUAAAAUUCCGUUGGACAAGAUUCCCUACGUUGACUACCCAGAACUCCGGGUCAACAAGAAUGAAAGUACAGAAAUGCCCUUCCGUUACGUGAUGGACGCCGAGGGAAAGCCCAUUAUGCCAGAGGGAAUGGUUGAACUCAUCAAGAAAGACACGGAAAAGGGAUUUGGUGACAUGUUUUAAGAGAUUAUAUUAUGGAAAUUUCGUGAGAUAUCUUGGUACAAACAUUAGCGCAGGGUAGCAAAGUGUUAUGAUAUGCCACCGCAUUGUUCUCAUAGCUCCAAGUGAACAUUAGAAACCCAAAGGCUAAUAUGAGAUCAUACCCAUCAAAUGUCGUUUCGCAGUUCUAGAACGUGGCUCACUUGAGCUUUGGGAACAUUGAGCAGGCGAACACGUUUCGCCAAGAGACUGAACAUAGGGGUGCAAAUAGGCAAUCAUAAGAAAUGAUAGAAACACAGGCAUUAGCAUCUUUGGACCACAAUUAGCAACAAAGUUUUCCCCUCUACCAAAGAAUAGAGAAUGCUGGGCUUCA